AUAAUAGAGCUUUAGGUGGUCGAAAAAUAAAUAUAAGCGAAAUAAAUAAUAAAGAAGAAGAAAGUGAAGAUUAAAAUGAAUAAACCUUAUAAUAAAAAUUAAACAGUAAAAUCAUCAAAACAAAAAUGUCUGCCUUCGAAACACUUUCUAAAUAAUUCUAAUCUACAAAAGCCCUCUCAUUUUUUGACGAAUUUUCCCAAGACUGGGAUAAAAAACUCUCCGAAUCCAACCCUGGAGUCUAAGAAUAGGUAUGUAUAGCCUUAAAAAAUUACCUAAUAUACCAUCCACUUGGUAAAUCUUUGAAAAUAACAGACAUAAGUAUCUUCAGAGCCCUAAUAGAGAAAUGUAUAUCAAGCCCAAAGCCCUAAAUAUAGUAAAUAUCAAGGGAAUUAUUAAUCCUAAUAUUCGAAAAAAGCUCCGAAGUCCUAAAAAAACUUCAAUUAGAUGAAUUAUAGAAAUACUAUAUAGAAUUAGAAAAAGUACCUAUGAUACCUUUAAGAGCUAGUGAAGAGGAGAAAAACAAAAUAAAUAAUAAUAAUAAAAAUAAUAAUAUAUAAGAUAUAUAUGAAAUAGCCGAUGGAGUUGAUAUUUUUAUAAAAUUCAAUGAAAAAUGGUGUGAUAAAAUACUCGAAUUAUAAAAAUGGCAAGAAAAAAAAGAAAUGCUAGAUGAUAUUAUAUAAGCAGCUUCAGUACCUAAAGUAAUCUCUAAUAUUAAUAAUUUUUAUCCUAUAAUUUAAGUCAUAAAAAGACUACUUAAUGAUAAUAAUGCUAAUGUGUAGUAGGCGUCAAUAAAACUAAGUGGAGUUUUGUGCAAAAGUAUCAGAAAAAAUUUCAAUAUGGCAUCUAAAUAAUUAUUUGAAAGCGUAUUAUAGAAAUUAAGAGAUAAAAAAACAUCUAUAAUUGAAGAAACGAAAAUUUCUAUUGAUAAUUUCUGGUUUUCAAUUACUUUAGAAGAAGUAUUAGAUGAAAUCAAAGAAGCUUUAUAAGAUAAAACACCUACAUUAAAAUUAUAAACUAUGUAUAUUUUAGAAAAAUAUUUUGAUAUAAAAGGAGAUAAAAAGACUAUUUAAAUUUUUAAAUAAAACUGUCUUUUUUGCUUUAAGAAAUUAUUUGAUGAUAGUGUUGCUGAAGUUAGGGAAUAUGCCUUUAAAACAAUAGGAAAAUUUUAUAAAAUUAAAGAUUUUUUUACUAUUGAUGAAUUAUAAAAAAAUUCCAACGAUCACCCUGCAGAUAUCUCAAAAGACUGCGAGAGACUCAUGUUGAAAUUAACCGAUCAAAACUGGAUAAUUAUAGAAACAAUAUUUAAGCAAUUUAAUGUAAAUAAAAAUUAAAAUUGCUAUAAAUGA